AUGAGUGAUAAAGUUUAAUCUGCUUCAUAAUCUAAUAAUUAACUUAGCUUUAAAAAAGAAACAGAAAAAAGAGGUGUUGAUAUUACAUGGAAAAAUGUUACAUACACAGCUCAUACUAAAAAGUAUCAUCGUGAAAUUCUCAAAGGAUUAUCAGGUAUUUGUAAGUAAGGUGAAAUGACUGCAAUUAUGGGCAGUUCGGGAGCAGGUAAAACUACAUUAUUAAAUAUAUUAUGUUGCAGAGCUGAAAAUACAAAUGAAGUUAAGCUCACUGGAGAAAUUACUGCUAAUGGACAACCUUUUAAUGCUCGUUCAUUCUCUAAUUUCGCUGCUUAUGUUAUGUAAGAAGAUUUAAUUAUGGAAACAAUGACUGUUUUAGAAGCUCUUUAAUUUGCAGCUCAUUUAAAAAUGAAAGGUUCCGAAGAAGAAAAGUAAGCUAAAGUUAAAGAAGUACUUAAAAUCAUGCGCUUAGAAAAAUGCUAGCAUACAUUAAUUGGUGGCUAAAAAAUUAAAGGUGUAACAAAGGGUGAAAAGAAACGUACUUCAAUUGCUUUUGAAUUAGUGAGCGAUCCUGAUGUAAUAUUUUUAGAUGAACCUACUAGUGGUUUAGAUUCUUUCACUGCAUAUAACGUUGUUGAUGUUUUAUAACAAUAUGCUAGGGAGUAAAAUAAAACAAUCAUUUGCACUAUCCAUUAGCCUUCUUCUGAAAUUUUUAUGAAAUUUGAUCGUCUGAUCCUUUUGGUUGACGGUAAAUUUAUUUAUCAAGGUCCUAGAAGUUAAGUAAUUAAACAUUUUUCAUCUUUUGGAUUCUAGUGUCCUCAUUUAAGCAAUCCUGCUGAUUAUUUCAUGAGUAUAAUGCAUGCAGAAUCAGAAAAAAAUCGUUAAAACUUUAAAACUUACUAUGAGCAUUUCGAUUUAGAUUUGAAGCCAUCAAUUGAUUAAGAAAUAGAACAACACGAAACAAGAGUUAUUACUCAUAAAUCUUCAUAAGCUCCCUUCCUAAGCGAGCUAAAAAUUUUGAUAAAUCGUAAUUUUAAUAACGUAAAAAGAAGUCCUAUGGAACUUCGUGCAAGAUUAAUUUAAUCAUUAAUCCUAGGUAUCUUUACAGGUUUAGUUUAUCUUAAUCUUCCAGAUCCUGAAACUCACAAAGAUGAUUAACGUGCAGUAAUGGACUACAACGGUGCAAUCUUUUUCUUAAUACAAAAUGCCCAUAUGAAUACCCUAUUUUCUAUAGUUCUUUCUUUACCUAUGGAGAAAGCAGUAUUCUUAAAGGAGGAAAAUUCUAAACUAUAUUCAGUAGAAGCUUACUUUUUAGCUAAAUUGAUAGUAGAAAGUGCUUUAUCUUUAAUUUGUCCUAUAAUAUUUAUUGCAAUAAGUUAUUAUAUGAUUGGACUAAAUGCUAAUUUUGGAUGCUUCUGCUUUUUUUUGCUUGUUGGUAUAUUUAGUAGUUUUGUAGGUCAAUCUUAAGGAAUGUUUUUCGGUUCAUUAUUUAAAGAUGCUUAAACAGCUGUAAAUGUAACACCUAUGAUGAUUCUUCCUUUCAUGCUAUUUGGUGGUUUCUACAAAAAUGUUGCUGAUAUGCCUGAUUGGAACGCAUGGAUUCAAUGGAUUUCUUGCUAUAGAUAUGCUUUUGAAGCUACAGUCCGCAGUAAUUACGCAGGUUCUCCAUUUACUAUUGAUGUAAUUGGCUAAACUAAUUUAGAUCUAGGUAAAUGGACUUCUGUAAUAAUGCUUGUGGUUUUGUUUGUGGUAUUUUCAAUAUUAUCACUUCUCCUACUUAAGUUUAAAAAAUAACGUUUAUAAUGA